UAACACCAUGCGAAGCCGCACAGAAAUGGUAACCAACACGAUCGACGGGUCGGACUUUGAGGAAGACACCGAUUUUGAAGACUCCGAAGAAGACUGGCGUCCCGAGAAGGGCGAAAGCAAGGGCGGCUUGAAGCGAAAACCCCGUGACAUAAUCACUGGCAGUGGUGGACGGCGAGGAGGUCGCGGUAGCGGACCGAAACGGGGCCGCCAAGCCACAAGCCGCCCGUCGCGCAAGCCAAAAUCGACUGAAAAUACUGAUCGAUCGUCGAUGACGGGUGACGACGGCGAUGAAGAGGACGAUCUCGAGGACUCGGAGCACUCGGAGAGUGAGCCGGACACUGACGAUAGUUCGGCCUCACCGGCACGGAAGCGUGGCCGCAAGCCGACAAAGGGGAAGCGAACACCGAGCGGCAAAAGUGGCGGCGGCGCGUCUACCUCGAAAGACACAAAGCAAAGUCCUACGACGUCUGAAGCCGAGGGUACGACGUCGACCAAAUCGAAGCCAAUCCAGCGGAAGGUUGUAAACAUUACGAGCAGCUUUCCGGAUAAGGCCGGCAUCUUGAAGCUGUACGUGUUUAAGGACGAUCUGCGAGAAGGAAUCCGUGACAAUCUGAAGGUCUCCUUGUGGCGCCGCGAUGGUUCCAGCUUGCUGCAGAAGUAUUUCCGUGACAAAACCAUCACGCCCAACACGCCCCAGUUUACAUCCUCGAUGGUGUAUUCGUGCUGGGAGGACAAACGGGCCGGCGACUACAUGGAAGUGAAGGUCCGGUGCAUUGAGCAAUCGAGGCAGUUGCGCGUACAGAUCAUGGAUGUGGACGCGACGGAGCGACGCGCCAAACAGGAGUACGAAGAAUAUUUAGCCAGCAACACGAAGCGAAACUCUUCUUCUAGUGAAGGCGAGCGAAAGAAUGGCAAUGCGAGUACCAAGAAGGAUGACCACAACGACGACGAAACCGAGGAGUAUGGGGACGACGAAGAAGCGGCUGAUGAGGAGGAUAUGGCCGAGGCCGAGCCCGAAGGGGAGGACGAAGGUAGCGAGGAAGAAGCGCCCCAGGAGGAAUGAUUGCAAUGAAACGUAAAAUACACGGUUUGGGGAGAGAAAAAGAAAGACCGACAGAGAGCUAGGACAUACGGUAAGUUUAACUUCGCUAUCUAUCUCUGUGCCGGAACGAUAUCAAACAGAGUCUCGCCGCGCACUCGUCACUGGCGUCGAUCUGUCACUAACUAUUUAAAUCGCAAUGUGUGGAACUAAAAAUCAUCAAGUACGUUGUUGCUGAGAACGAGAAAGUUCGGAGGGCACUGUUUUACCACUGUGAAACGCCGAUUGGUGCGUAUAGGUUCGCGCAGCGUUGUGGAUUAAUGUUGUAACGUUUAUGUAAUUAUGUGCAAACGAGGUAGGACUUGCCGAUCGCGGCGAAUGAGAUUACUUUAGGAAGCAAGAAACAUCUAUGACAAGCAUUAAAAUCGACAUGAAAGAAAAAUUCACCACCUUCUAGUGUGUGUGUGUGUAGCCCCGUAUUCAUCGCAAUGACAAUGU